GGCUCAGUCUCGUGUGUGCAGCUCGUCCGGCUGGUUCGGCCAUGUGACGCUCUGGCGCGAUCAACGGGGCCCAAUCUGUGCACUCAUUUAAUACAUUCAAGCGAACUAUCCAUCAUCUGUAUUCUUACCUGUGCGCCAAACCCGCGCACACCUGCCCGCGCACACACAAGCAGUUGGCUAUGUUGGGGCAUUGGGCGUUGACGCUGGGGCUGCUGUUCGCAUCGCUAUCGGCUACAGCUCUGGCCGUUAGCUGCUACGAAUGCGAUUCCGUCAACGAUUCGAAUUGCGGCGAUAAUUUCCAACCAGAUGACAUUGCCAAAACAGACUGCGAUUCCAUGGAGCUGCCGGAACAUUUGCGUGCUUUCUAUUUACAAAGACCCGAAACAGCCUGCCUCACCAAGUACUACAACGACGCACCUGGCGAAACGCUGUUCGUGCGUCGCUCCUGCAUUUUUGGCGAUUUAUCUGUGUGCGAUGAGCAGCCGGAUCCGGUGAUGCCACAUCUCAGUUUCCUCGGCUGUAUCUUCUGCCAUAAGGACUUUUGCAAUCUGAGCGCGCGUAGCGCAAACGCCCACAGCGUCGUGCUGGCCGUACUGCUGGCCCUAAUAUACCUAUUUAACUUCUAAUUGAGAAUCUCCGAGCAAGUUCUUAAAUUUAAAAAAAAAUAAUUUCUUGCAACACUUUUGAUUUA